ACGCCCGACAGACACAUUUCACUCAUAACCAUCAUGGCAUGGCGGAAGAAGAGUCGUAUAUAUAGAAAGAGCAUGGAACAGACAGACACCCACCCAUGCGGCACGUAUAAAUAUACAGACAGACAUGUGCUACCUCGCGCCCCUCAUGUUCGCCCCUCCGAACCCGUAGACCGUGUUGAGCCUCGUCCCCACACUCACCUUGUCAGGGUUGAUCUGACCAUACUGAUUGGGACCUGCAUCAACGACAACACACACACACACACACAUACACACACGAGAGUGGAGAAGACCAUGCGUGUCGCUUGUUUCUCACCUGGCACCCCCCGUCUCAGCUUAACGUAGUAGUCAACGAAAUUGUUGCCCUUGCCCUUGGUGAAUGGAAAGGCAGGGGCCUUCGCUUCGGUCAGACCUGACGUCAGCGGGCCCUCCUUGUACCCCUUAUAGUGACCAGGACUGUCAAAACACACACACGCAGGCAAACACGUGUCUCUUGCUCCAUCUCUCUCUCUCUCUCUGUGUCUCCGUCACACACACCCGGGCGCGUCACUUUUCUUGAGGGCCUUAAUUCUCUCCCCUCCCGAUUUCUUGACAUCAAACGCCGGAGCCCCCAUGUGCGGCUUCACCUUCUCGUACUUAUACGCAUUCGGCGCUGGGCUCUGGUGCGCCUUCCACACGGCAUUCUCCAGGAAGGUCUUUUUCCUGCCCUUGGAGGCCGGCCCGCCCGUGACCCGUGGCAAGGUGACGUCAAGGGCGUCGGCCUUGUACUGGCCGGGGCCGGGCUCUUUGCUCUUGUGCUUUGGCACCGACAGACAUGAACUGCAUGGACGUCGAAAGGAGAAAUGUCAGUCCAAGUGGGUCUGGUGUGGUGGUGUUCAAUCGUCAAUUUGUCUGUGUCCUGCUGUGUGUGGUGUGUCUGGAAUGUAUUGUAUUGUGUGGUGUGGUGCUGGUGCCCUCACUCUCUCAAUGACUCACUCACCCCUUGUCCAGCCCUGAUUUCGAGAAGCUCCACACUCCCGCACUCUUCUUCCCUUCCUCAGCCCACUGCAUCCACCCCACACACGCACCACACAAACCCACACAUAGAGAAGCAUGCGAAAGGCGAAACCAACACCAGGGAGAGCCCUCCCCCGGCCACAUACAUUGGAUGCCUUGACGUACGUUCCCGGCCCUGGCACCGCUCUCGCCUGUUUGAUGAUUUUGUCGGUGAGGGCGCUGGCUUUCUCCUUGGGGAAUAUGAUGUUCGGCAGCUUGUCUGGCGGGAAGUGCCUGCGGGGGGCCUGAUAGUCCUCAGAGAUGUCCACCACACCUGCGUCACACGCAAGAAGCAACGUGCCACAACCGAUGGGGCCGGCCAGAAACGGAUCAUGCAGCUUACUCACCUGUGUCAACGAGGAAUUCCCCCAUCUUUGCCAGGCCUUUCCCACUCUUAGCUCAAAGCAGCC